AUGGGCCGAGAACUCAUUGCUCUUCAUCUAGGACAAUGCGGCGUCCAGCUAGGAAGCGCCAUCUGGGAACUCCUGACUUUCGAACACGGUCUGGACACAGAAGGGCAGCCAGUGAAAGGCGAACCAAAAAUUGACUUCGAACUACCCGAGUGUUUCUUCUACGAAGUCAAAAGCAGAUAUGUGCCUAGGGCGAUCAUGGUUGACCUGGAACCGACAGUUAUUGAUGAACUGAGGACUGGAGCUUACCGUCAAUUUUGGAACCCAACCUGUCUCAUCAACGGAAAGGAGGAUGCAGCCAAUAAUUACGCUAGGGGUCACUUGACUGUCGGCAAAGGCAAGAUGGACCUGAUAGCGGAGGAGGUUCUCAAGAUGGUGGAACGCUGUGAUUCCCUGUCCGCCUUCGAGAUCGUCCACUCUUACGCCGGCGGCACUGGUUCUGGUCUGACUUCCCUAGUUGCGGAACAUCUGACUGACCAGUUCGGCAAAAAAUUCAGAUUUACGACUUCCAUUUUCCCUUCGGCUGCCUACUCACAAUCAACAGUUGACCCUUACAACAGCAUACUCUUCACUCACGCUGCUAUGGAGACCAUCGACUGCAACGUGGUCCUGGAUAACAAGGCCCUUUACGACCAGUGCGUGAAGAAUAUUUGCGACGAAAAACCCACACUCACGCUCAUCAAUCGAAUGGUAGCCAACGUAAUGAGUUCGCUUUUCCUUUCCCAUCGAUUCAUCUACACCGGAUCACAGAGGGCCGAUUGCGCUGAGCUGCUUACUAACCUUAUCCCCUAUCCUAGAAUUCACUUUCCGAUGGUGUUUUACAGUCCAUGGUCCUGUAGGGACCAACUGACCCACGAGCAGGUUACAAUAAAGCAGGUUACAACUGCAGCCUUCACUCAAGCCGCCGCAACCAUGGACACACCAAUUCACGACAAAGCUUUUAUUUCCUGCGCGAUGCUCUAUCGGGGAGCUCAAAGUCCCAAGCUAGUCUAUGACGCCCUGCAGUAUGUUAAGGGACCAGGCUCUCGGAUGCUGAACACUUUUGUUGAAUGGUGUCCCUCUACCUUUAAGAUUGGUCUUAACAGCAUGCCUCCAGUUGCCAUGCCUACGGAAGCCAUU